GCAACUAAAAACAUAUCUUUGUUGUUUUUUUCUUCUUCUCAAUUAUAUAUACAUAUAAAAAAAAAAAGUGAAAUUUUCACUUCUAUUUCUCUCAAUAUGUUUGAAGUUUUUUCUUCUUCUUUCUAUUGUAGUUAAUAUUCUUACUUUCUACUUUGUGAGUUGAAAAGUCUAUGGAUUCCUCCCAUAAAAACUCUACUGCUGGUAAAAUUGAUGAAGAAGAAAAACGCUUCUAGUCUCCACUUUCUUCUCUGGCCUCGUUUGCUCCCCGGAAUCAAGGUCCAUUGACAUAUUUCUACAUAUAUUAAUUAGUUUUGGUAUCUAAACAAAAGGUUGUUCAAGAAAAACAGUAAAAAGUUGACCAUUAUUUAUAAUAGUAAUCUGCCACGUGGAAAAUUUGGGAAGCGGGCUUAGCAGCAAAAAUACACGUGUGGAUCGUGUUAAAGUUUGAUUUGGUGUGUUUUUGAGGGAAUAAUAAUAAUAAUAAUAAUGGAUAGUAGUUAUAAAGCAGGACCAGGUUUGUGUAUGGUUUUGUUGCAAUUUCUCUAUGCAGGACAGGCUGUGUUCACCAAAGCUGCACUAAUGCGUGGUAUGAGUCCCAGGGUGUUCAUGGUUUAUAGGCAGACUGUUGCCAUUAUACUACUAGCUCCGCUUGUUUCUUUCUCUAGAUGGAAGAAUCCAAAUAAUAUUUCAUUGGGAUUGAAGGGGUUUUGCUUCAUAUUUUUGAAUGCUCUUAUUGGACUAACAGCGAAUCACAAUGCUUAUUACCAAGGCCUAAAAUUAUCAUCUUCAUCAAUAACUACGGCAAUGGUAAAUCUGAUGCCUGCAAUCACCUUUCUUAUGGCAAGCUUAAUUGGGUUGGAGAAAGUUAACAGUGGAAGCUUGAGAGGCAUUGCAAAGAUAGUAGGAACAGUUAUAUGUAUUGGUGGAGCAAUUGUGAUUGCAUUAGUGAAGGGGCCAACACUCUUAAACUCACUACAUUCUUCUUCAUCAUCCACCAAUGCACCUCAGAAUUUGCAGUUGGGCUGUCUGUUUCUUUUUAUUUGCUGCUGCUGUUGGUCAUUUUGGAUCAUUUUUCAGGUUAAAGUUUCAGCAAUCUGUCCUGACCACUCUUAUUCAACUCUUUGGAUGUGUUUCUUAGCAACGAUUCAAUCAACCAUAUUUGCAUUAUCCAUUGAUCGUACAAAAUCAGAAGCAUGGCUUCUUAAUACACCUAUUGAAAUUGGAAGUUGUAUAUUUGCUGGUGUUGUUGGUGCUUUAUCUUUUACCCUUCAAACGUGGUGCGUAUCACAAAGAGGUCCAGUUUUUUCUGCUAUCUUUAGCCCACUCUGCACAGUAAUUACAACCAUUAUAGCUACUUCUUUUCUACAUGAAGAGUUAUAUAUUGGAAGCCUAAUAGGUGGUUUUGCUGUGAUCAUUGGGCUAUAUGUGGUGCUAUGGGGCAAAGCCAAAGACCUCGAAGAUGCCAAUAAGCUUCUAGAAUUAAAUCAAGAUGUUGAGCUUCAAAGAGCAUAAGAAAGUUUUACAAAGAUUAAGCGCCAACAAAAAUUACAAUGUUAUAUGUAUCAAAAUAAAACUUUAUUAUUAGUGUUA